UUGGGGGGGGAAGGGGAAGAGGGGGAUCGGUCGGUGAGAGAUGCUGGAGGUGGCGGCGGUGCCGGCGGGGGCCGCCCCGGGCGGUUCGGAGCAGCGCGGGAGCCGCUUCAGCGUCCUGACGUGGGAGCAGGUGCAGCGGCUGGACCAGAUCCUGGGGGAGGCUGUGCCCAUCCACGGCCGGGGCAACUUCCCCACGCUGUCCGUGCGGCCCCGCACCAUCGUCCAGGUUGUCCGCAGCCGCCUGGAGAAGAAAGGAAUCACAGUCCAUAACGUCAGGUUGAAUGGCUCAGCAGCCAGUCACGUUCUGCAUCAAGACAGUGGCUUGGGGUACAAAGACCUGGACCUCAUUUUCGGCGUGGACCUGAAGACGGAAGACGUUUUCCAGCUCGUCAAAGACGUGGUCAUGGAUUGCCUGCUUGACUUCCUCCCCGAGGGGGUCAACAAGGACAAGAUCACCCCCAUGACUCUGAAGGAGGCCUACGUGCAGAAGCUGGUGAAGGUGUGCAACGAGACCGACCGCUGGAGCCUCAUCUCGCUCUCCAACAACAGCGGGAAGAACGUGGAGCUCAAAUUCGUGGACUCUCUCCGGCGGCAGUUCGAGUUCAGCGUGGACUCCUUCCAGAUCAUCCUGGACUCGCUCCUGCUCUUCGGGGAGUGCUCGGAGAACCCCAUGGCCGAGAACUUCCACCCCACGGUCACCGGGGAGAGCAUGUACGGGGACUUCGAGGAGGCCAUGGACCACCUGCGGAACAGGGUCAUCGCCACCAGGAACCCGGAGGAGAUCAGGGGAGGGGGGCUCCUCAAGUACUGCAACCUCCUGGUGAGGGGGUUUAAGCCCAAGUCGGAAGUGGAUAUGAAGGCACUACAGAGGUACAUGUGCUCCAGGUUUUUCAUAGACUUCUCCGACAUCGGCGAGCAGCUGAGGAAGCUGGAGUGUUACCUCCAGAGCCACUUUGUUGGGAUGGAGAGCAACAGAUAUGACUAUUUGAUGACCCUCCACAGGGUGGUCAAUGAGAGCACAGUCUGCCUCAUGGGACACGAGAGGAGGCAGACCCUGAACCUCAUUGCCAUGCUGGCUGUGAGGGUCCUGGCUGAGCAGAACAUCAUCCCCACCGUCACAAACGUUACCUGCUACUACCAGCCAGCCCCUUAUGUCAGUGAAAUAAACUUCAACUACUAUGUCACCCACGUGCAGCCCUUCCUGCCUUGCAAUCAGUCCUACCCAACGUGGCUUCCCUGUAACUGAGCCAGGACAAACGUCAGGGUCUGCCCUCCAAGGUAUUUCCUUGCCUUGGCGGGUCGGGAGGGUGGGAUGGGGGGGGGAUAAAAACCAAAACAAAACAACAAAAAAAAAAAACCAACCAACCUUCCUAGAACUGCAACAAAAAGAAACUUCCUGGACUCUUGCUUGAGUGUCUUGUUCCUGGGGUUGUUGGGACAAGACCUGUCUGCUGUACACUGUGAUGGGAAGUGCAGUGUUAUGGAAAUGAGAUGACUCGAGGAUGUUUAUGGGAGGACUCUGCUUGUGGAAUUCUGGAAGGCAAUGGGGUGGGUGGGGGUGUGUGAGGGGAGACUGUAGAAUUACGCUAAGGUAGAGCUGCACUGCCCUGAAAUGGAUCUGAAUUGUGUUUUGUUUUGUUUUUUCUUUUUUUUUUUUCCUUUUUUUUUUUUAGUGCAGGAGGUGUUAUGGGUGUGCAAACUUGUGGUUUCUGCCAACAGAAGCCCGAGUGGCUAAUUCCUUUGAAGGACCAAAGAAUCCUGUUUAAGUGCCUGUAACAAUAUAAACACAACUGUACUGUAAACCUUUAUUAUUUUUGCAGGGGCUGAUGUCCCAAGAGCUUGAGUGGGGAAUGUCUGAAGAGGAAAAUGUUUCUGUUGUGGGGUGGGGAGGGUCGUGAGAUCAUUUCUAGUAACCUGGCUGAGGUUCUGUGUCGCUGAGGUUUGUUGUUUGUUGUUUUUUUUUUUUUUUCUUCUGGCAUGACUUGCUGCCUGUGAAGGACCAGCUGGAGCAAAGAGCUGUCAAAGUGGGGCUGCAUAAACCAGGGAGGUAUUGGAGUGGCUACGUGUAAAUGCCUGAAACUGGGAACAGUGGGGAAGGGGGGGAGUGCAUGGUGGAAACUGCUGUGCAGAGCUUUCUGGAAAAAGAGGCAGCAGGGACCUGCAUAUGAAUUCCUUCAAGCUCCCAAGUCUGCAGUGCCAAAACACGGUCGUGUUCCUAAAUGGCGAGGCAGAUGAUCUGUCCAGGAGCCUGCCUCAGGCUGCUGUACCUAAUCCUGUAUUUUCUAGGGGAAUUUGAAAUGCUGCUCUUCCUAUUUUUCUUUUUUAGGUUUUUUUUCUUUUUUUUUUUUUGGCAUGCAGUGUGGUUUUAAUGCACAAAGGCAGAGGCCAACUGGGUUAUCGGGGAAGAUGAGGCUUGUCCUUUUGAAGCACAAACCACCCAGUUGAGUAGUCAGUUGUUUCCAGCUGUUGCUGGAGCCUGUGUCCUCCGAGGAGAUGGGCAGAGCUCUUCCAGUCUGGAGAUCUUCCCUUUGGCAGGUCCUAUCUUCCAAAGCAACCUGUUCCCGGCUAUGUGAUUCCAUCAGCAUUUGAAAUUCAUUCUCUAGCUAGAAAUGGAGCUUGGAGGGGGGGUGGGGGUGAAGUUAGUUGGCCUUAGGAAAGAGGGGGGGUGGGGGAAGAAAAGAAAAGAAAAAAAAAAGUCUUCUAAACAGACCCUCUUGUGCUGUGAGGGUUUGGCUCUCUCAGUCCAACGUGGCUUUGAAGUUGUUGGGUGUCUGGAGCACGGGAGUUUUUUCAUGGAGGUGCCUGCACUGCCGUGCCCGUGGAGCAUCUCAGAGUUAACUAUGCAGGGAGGGAGAGGCGGGCAGGCAGCAGGCAUUCCCUAGGGAUGCUGCUCCGGGAACACCACGGCUUCACUGGUGCUUCCUCCGAGGCUGAGGUACUCGAAGUAUCUUUGAUUGACUUGGGGGGGGUGGUUUUUUUUGUUGGUUUUGGUUUUGAUUUUUUUUUUUGCCUCUUUUUUUUUUUUGUGAUAAAACUGUAAUAGCUGGGCAGAUUGAACGCUCUUAAUAAAGACUAGAUCCUUGGAAUGUGCAUA